AUGACUUACGAAAACAACACACAGCAAUACGGUGCUGGCACCGCCGACAUCGAGUCCAAAUUCUCCAACAUGUCUGUUCAGAAUGGUGCCGCUGGCGGUCCUCCCCGAAAGGCCUACGUUCCCCCUCACCUUCGUGGCCAAAAGCAGAGCGCUUCGCUCAACUCUUCCGCAGCUUCUUUCAGCCCUCGUGCUCCUGCCGCAUUCAACAACAGCAACGGUGAUAGCAACGGCGCCGCACCUGCUGCCCCUGCUGCCUUUAACAGCGUCAGCCGUGGCGCUCCUCGCGGUGGCUGGGACGCUCCUGCUGCUUCUGGCGUUUACGGAAGUGCCCGCAACGGUGGCGGAUACAGCGCCGGUCCACGCGGCGAUGGCUCCGGUCAGUGGAAGGACGGUCAACACGUCCCUGCUCCUCAGAACGCACGUCUCGAAAAGGAGCUCUUCGGUGAGGCUGGCGACGGUCUUCACCAGAGCAUGGGUAUCAACUUCGACAAGUACGGUGAUAUCCCCGUCGAGGCCAGUGGUCGCGAUGUUCCCGAGCCUGUUACUACAUUCACUUCGCCUCCCAUCGACGCUCAUCUCCUCGAAAACAUCAAGCUUGCCCGCUACACGAACCCUACUCCUGUCCAAAAAUACUCGAUCCCCAUUAUCGAGCUCGGUCGUGACUUGAUGGGUUGUGCCCAGACUGGUUCCGGUAAAACUGGUGGUUUCCUCUUCCCCAUUCUUUCGGCUCUCUUCACCCACGGUCCUCCCCCUCCCCCUGCCGAAAUGGCACAGGGUGGAUACGGUCGCAGAAAGGCAUACCCCAGCACCCUUAUCCUUGCUCCCACUCGUGAGCUCGUCUCCCAGAUCUACGACGAGGCUCGCAAGUUCACCUACCGUGCCUGGGUCAAGCCGGCUGUCGUAUACGGUGGUGCCGACAUUGGCACUCAGCUCCGUCAGAUUGAGCGUGGCUGUGAUCUCCUCUGCGCCACUCCUGGUCGUCUCGUUGACUUGAUGGAGCGCGGCCGCAUCAGCCUCAGCAACGUUCGUUUCCUUGUGCUCGACGAGGCUGAUCGCAUGCUCGACAUGGGUUUCGAACCUCAAAUCCGCAGGAUCGUCGAAGGCGAGGACAUGCCUGGUGUCAUGGACCGUCAGACUCUCAUGUUCUCGGCCACCUUCCCCCGCGACAUUCAGCUCCUCGCCAAGGACUUCCUCAAGGAGUACGUCUUCCUCUCGGUCGGCCGUGUCGGUUCCACCUCUGAGAACAUCACCCAGAAGAUCGAGUACGUCGAGGACGAGGACAAGCGCUCCGUCCUUCUCGAUGUUCUUGCCUCGAUGCCCAGCGGCGGUCUCACCCUCAUCUUCGUCGAGACCAAGCGCAUGGCCGACAUGCUCAGCGACUUCCUCUUGCGAUCCAACAUCGCCGCCACCUCGAUUCACGGUGACCGCACUCAGCGUGAACGUGAGCGUGCCCUGGAGCUCUUCCGAUCCGGAAAGACUCCCAUCAUGGUCGCCACUGCUGUCGCCGCCCGUGGUCUCGAUAUCCCCAACGUCACCCACGUUGUCAAUUACGAUCUCCCCUCUGAUGUUGAUGACUACGUCCACCGAAUCGGUCGUACCGGUCGUGCCGGUAACACUGGUCAUGCCACUGCCUUUUUCAACCGUGGCAACAAGAACAUCACCCGCGACCUUCUCGAGCUCCUCAAGGAGGCUAACCAGGAGGUUCCUCAGUGGCUCGAGGCUGUUGCUCGUGAGAGCAUGUUCGGUGGUGGCAGCAAUGGGGGCCGUGGUCGCGGCCGUGGUCGUGGCCGCGGCGGUGCUUCUUCCUUCGGUAGCCGUGACGCUCGUACCAUGAACGGUCCCUCGUCCGGCGGUGCACGCGGCUUUGGCGGUGGUUUUGGCGGUGGAAUGGGCGGUGGAAUGGGCGGUGGCUACGGUGGAGCUGCUGCUUACGGCGGCCCUCCCCCCGCCUCCAACGGUGGUGGCUACGGCGGUAACUCGUCGUGGUGGUAA